GUGGAUAAAAUUCAAUCGGCAAAUAAUUUAUUGUUUGCAUCGAUUAACGACAAAGAGCACGAUAUGGAAAUUGAACAGCAACCCAGUGAAAUCGCAAUCAAAUCGGAUAAAUUUCUGCUGCAAUCAAAGCAUCGUGUUACAUUUUCAUCGGAUAUUGAAGAGUACGAAGAUAAUGGGAGCGAAGCGGAAAGUGCCGAUAUACAAUAUAAGGAUGAUGAAGCGAUUGACAAAGAGAUUGCCGAGAUUAUUGAACGAGGUGAAAGAGCACCCAGCAAACAGUCGGUCAACACUGAUAACGAUCAAAUCGAUGGCUUUAUGAAGCGAUUGUCGAUCGAAGAGAUUGUCAACUAUUCGAAUGACGAAGAUAGUGUGUCCGAUGAUAAUGAAUAUACCAGCGAGGUGGAAGUAGUUGAAGAGAUAAAUGAGGCCAUAGUUGCGGAAGAAAGAGAAAAUAGUGUAACGCCAUCACCAGUACCAAUUGAAAUUGUAGACAAUGCCAAUGAACAAACUGCUGAAAUUGAAAAACGAAAAAGGGCACCGAUGUUAAGUAGAAACAAUGAAAAUGACCCACCGUGUAGAGCAUGCAAUAAAGUCACCAGUUCAUCAGCUAGAGACUAUGAUUCUGCAUUGAAGUCUAAUCAAGCUAGAUGCAGCGCUAAAACGGCAGCUGGCAACAGACCGGCCACUUCACAAACCAAACGAAUCGCAUCAGCAAAUGUGCGUCGAUGUUCGGCCAAUAAACACAUCAUGAAUCAAGACGAUCUCCUUAAGAUACAUUUAAAUGUGCGAUCAUGUUGCGAGAAUAAGUACUUGGACAAUAAUCGGUUGCCACGGUACAAUGGAUACAUUUCCCAGUAUGGACUAAGCAAAGAUCAACUGGAGACACGCGAAUCGAAUCGACAGAAAUAUUUGGAGAAACGUGCACGACGCGAACGCGAAAUAAUGCGAGCGAAACAACAAAUCGCCCAUUUGAAUGAGCUGGCAUUUCAACAGUGGCUCAUACGAAAAAACCGUUCAUCACGGCCCAAAUAUAAGAAUAUGUACGAUUCGGUGGAACCAAAGCCAACAAUUAAAUACCAUCCAUCGGCAAAAUUUAGCCGAUCAAGCGAAAGUAGUUCAUAACCAAUGUUGAUGCAAGUCAAUUUAGUGUUUCGUUUUUACUAUUCAUUUGAAUUUCGACUGGAAUUCAAGUAUCGACGACUGAUUGAAAUUUGCUAAAAUUUAGACAAAAAAAAACAAUCGAAACAUUUCGAAUACUCGGUGUGUUAUGGAUUCUUAUUGAGAAUUUUUCAAAAGUGAAAAGAAAAUUCACUCAUAUUUUUGGCUAUGAGAAAUUGAGAAACGUACAAAACUACAUUUCAACCGUAUGAACUUCCUGUGUGUUAAAAUUGUUGUGUUGUCGUUAUCGUCUCCCGCAAGUGAAAUUGACCGUCUGUGUAACUGUUUCACGGUAUUUACACUUAUACUGAAACAUGUAAAUGUUUCAGCAUCCCACAUACACGAGCAUGCCUCCUUUGAUAUACAACCGUACAACCGUUUGCAACUACCACAACGAUGCGCCGCUACUUCGACGCAGUCCGUUUCCUGGAAAUUUGCCUGUGUGUGUCUCGCACACACAAAUAAUACGCAUCUUGACUCUGUUUUCUACAGACGGUGCAUUCGACGACAGUUCGCGUCGCUGUGUUCAUUUCAAUACUGUUCAGUUUAGACGUAGUCUGCAGAGUGAAUCGAACAUCACAACGAAAAAUUGCGAUACAGCUGGGAUCAGCAUAAACAAACAGUCUCAAAUACAAAAAAGUAGAGUCAAAUAAAUCACCACAGUAAAAAUAAAUCAAUUUGUAAUUGAUUGCACUAUCGCAUUGGAGAAAAGGAAAAAGAAAUUAAUCAUGUCGUCGUUAUAUCCAUCGUUGGAAGACAUGCAAGUGCAUAAAAUGGUUCAGGCGCAACAAAAUGCGUUGGUUAACCAAAUGGCCGCUGCACAAGCAACACCAUCCUACGCACAACACCCAUCGUAUGCACAGGUGCAAAGUGCAUACCCACAGCUUGGAUCGACACCAUCAGUACAUGGCUACAAACCGGUCGCAUCGGCACCUGAACUCUAUCCAGGGUUGUCGGAUUUCAUGGGUUUGGAAUUGAGUUCCGAUAUGAUUGCAUUGAAUAUGCCCGAAUACAUGCGAAGUGUUGAAACUGCCGUCAUGCCUUCCACAACUGGAUCUAUGAUUGCCCCAUUGUCCAGUCAGACGGCUGGAUUACAGCGUGCCCAUGUCACCCAUGGUAUUCGCGAAGUGAUCGUCUGCAAAGGUGCCGAUAAGAAAAUCGGUUUGCGUGUCAAAGACAUUAACAAUGGCAUUUUCAUUACGCUCGUAUGCAAAGAUAGCCCAGCCGCUCUUGUUGGACUUCGUUUCGGCGAUCAGAUUUUGCAAAUCAACGGAAACAAUGUGGCUGGUUUCAGUAUGGAUAAAGUACAUAAGAUACUGAAGAAAAGUCCGGAAAAUGACAUUACAAUGGUGAUUCGGGAUCGUCCAUUUGAACGCACUGUUACGAUGCACAAAGAUUCCACCGGUCAUAUUGGUUUUCAGUUCAACAACGGCAAAAUUGUAUCGAUUGUUAAGGAUUCGUCAGCCGCACGAAAUGGCCUGUUGAUCGAACAUCAAUUGCUCGAAGUGAACGGACAAAAUGUUGUUGGAAUGAAAGACAAAGACAUCACAGCGAUUAUUCUGAACGAAAACGAGCCAAUCAUCACCGUUACAAUCAUUCCAUCGUUCAUCUACGAUCACAUGGUUAAGAAACUAUCGACGUCAUUCAUUCGCAGUAUUAUGGACCAUUCAGUUCCAGAUUUCUAAGCGCCGCGAGCAUCGACACAAAAUCGUCGAAUUUCUUUUUCUACAAUUUUUCCUAAUUAGUUACAGCGAUACACUUCCAAAGAAUAAAGCAUUUUUUUUUCGGAACGGAGACGAUUGACGAGAGGACGAUUUUCACAGAGAAAAUGAACCAAAGGAUUCAAGAAAUGCCAUUUAUUUCUAUUCGCAUAAAUAUGAAUAGUCAAACUACUUUGAUAAUCACGUUUGUAAUUUCAUGAAAAAAAUGUUCACCAAACAAAUGCUACAUCGACUUAUUUUUUCAUAUAUGUCACGAAUUCAAUAAACGAAUUUUAUAUGUUUAUUAAGAGUA